AUGCCUGCGUCGCUGGAGCAGGUUCGGGCCCCGCCCAGGCUGCCGGCGGCGGGGCUGCCGGCGGCGGGGCUGCCGGCGGCGGGCGCGGCCGCGCUCGGGGAUUCUUGGAGGGACGCGCUUGCGGCCCAGCUCGCCGAGGCCGUCCUCGAGCAAGUCGAGUGCAGGGCGGCGGCCGCGGAGGAGUCGCUGUGGCUUCGCGGGCAGCAGGAGAUCUGCUCCAUCAGGGAAGAGCACGCAGCCCAGAAGCACCAGAUGCAGCACCAGCUGUCGACCUGCGCCGAGAUCUGCCGCGGCCUGGAGCAGGAGAACGCCGUGCUCCGCAGGGGAAUUGAGGUGAUCGUGAAGCACCUCGGCCAGGUCCGCGCCUCGCAUGCGCCGGCGCCGGCGCCGCGGAGCGCCGGGCCAGCACUGGGGCACGCGGCGGCGCGCUACCGGCGGGCGCAGCUGCCGGGGCUGGCCGAUGCGCGGCGGCUGGCUGCAUCGGAGGAGCCGCUUCCGUCGGUAGGUCGGGCAUCGAGGGCCGAGGAGGUCGGGGAGGUCGGGGAGGUCGGGGAGGCCCUCGGGGCGCCUGGGCCGCUGGGCGCCGUGCCUCUCUCCGUGCCCGCCCCGUUUCCCCCUCGGUCAGGGCAGGGGCCGCCGGACAACCCCGAGGGCGCUGACCAGUCGGGCACGGCGCCUCCCGGCUGUGGGCCACCGCCGCGGGCCGGGCCGCCGGCCGGGCCACCGCGGGGAGCCAUGGACCCGCCGCCCCGCGGCCAGGCGCCGCAGCAGCCCGACGUCCCGGCGGGCGCCGCGCGCCAGUUCGCCCCGAUACCCGCGGCGGCCCGCGGCAGCCUCGCUGUGGAAGGUCGGGCGGGCGCCGUCCCCGAGGCGGCAGACGGUCCGGCAGCGGGCAUGUCCGCCGUGGAGGUGGCCGACACGAGGCUGACAGACAGGCCGAAGGGCUUCAACGGCAAGGACGAGGACAGGCAUGAGUGGAACAUGAUGACCCGCGCCUGCGCGAGCGCGAUAUCGGACCAACUGCUGUACCUCAUGGGUGAGGCGAAGACGGCGGAUAACGCUGCGAACGCGGUCCUCGAACGAGAUAAGGACAGGUACGUGAACAAUCCGUUGUACUACAUCUUGGCACUGUGGCUCGAGAGGCAGCUGGCAGACCUUCACGAGGUCAAGGUGGUGACGAGGACGACGGGCCUCUACCAGCAGAUCCUCAACUUCGGUUUCGAUUCGGACCACCUCCCGAACGAGCUCGGGAGGUUCGAGAAGGUCUUUCGUCAGUACGAGUAUGUUGCGGACAAGGAGGCGUAUGAAAAUUUGCGGAUCGGAAUCGUGAGCCAGAUUUUCAGGCAGGGCGAGAUGUUGAGGAACCUGAUCAUGAACUCGGGUUGGUUUGACACAGAUGGGAAGAUCAGGGAUGGGACAUCGAAGGUCUUCAGGACUGAGAGGUGCUUGAUCCAGGGCAGCGCGCCAAUAGACGUCGGGGCAGUGGACGGGCUAAAGACUUGCGGCGACAUCUGCGGGCAGCCCGGCCAGCGCCAGGUCCUCGACGUUGAUGGCGAGGUCUUGGUGACCCACGCAGUUCGCGGCUUCUUCGGCGAGAAAAGCGAGAUCGUCCAGUUGGAGAGUGGGGCGGCCCCGUUCGUCAUCAUCGCGUGCUCGGCCGAGAUCGUCGCGCAGGUCGUUGCCUAUGCUGGGCAGUCCAGGCUCGUCUUCAAGUCCGGCGGUGAAGCGGCAGUUUCAGAGGUCCGCCGGACGGGCUGGCAGAUCGCGGCGACGCCAGAGGAGAGUCCUGUCGGCGACUCCAAGACGAACGGCUACGUCGAGAAGGAGAUCUGGGAUGCCCAGAGUCUCGCGAAGCUGCGCGGGGAUAUGCUCCAGGCAGCUGAUCUUUUCAUGGUCUGCGAACUUCCUUACGCGUCGCAUCUGCUGGAUCGCUCCCGGCGGUCGGGCGGCAGGGCGGCGUUCGAGAGGUGGAAGGGUCGGCCCUGCCGCGGGCGUCUGCUGGAUCCCGGGGUGGUGGUUAUGCUCUUCGCGGUGGCUGACGGCGAGCGCGAUCGGAAACCUGACAUGCGCUUCUAUGCGGGCAUGUACGUGGGGCUUGUCGACCGCGCGGACGAGGUCAUCGUCCUCGUCAUGAUUGGCUACUUCGUGGCCAUCGCCCAUCGGGGGCACCCAGAGGAGCAGGGGCUCCCAUGGCUGGGGCCCCACCAGGCUGGUGGCGAUGCAGAGACCGUCCUGCCGUUCGUGGCAGCUGCGCCGAUCGUUCCUGCGGACAGGCAGCCUCCGCCAGAGUUCGAGUUCAGGCUGCAACUGCAGGCGCUGCCGGGCUGCCAGGGGAACCAAGCCCGCAGUUGUCCGCUCCGAGGCGUCUCAGCUGGCGUGGAGCAGGCGGUGGCUGCUAACGCUGACUUGGCGCCGUGUCUGCUAGGAGGCGCCGAGGGGGCGAUGCACCCGCUGGGCAGGCAGCCCCUGCGACGCCAGUUCUGGAGCGCCGGCCGCUGCGCCGCGAUGACAGCAUCCUACCAGGACGGUGGCGACGUCGCGAGGAUGGAGGACCUGGGCCCCUUCGUGACGGGCGCCGACGCCGACCUGCCCAAGGUCGGCGGCAUCGAGAUCGAACGCUGUGUAAUCAGCAGGGGCGGCGAGCCCGGUGUCUUCGAGGCCAUCUGGCGCGGCGAAAUCCUAGCCCGCGCCUUCGAGUUGGGGUUGGCGCCCGGCAAGAAGCCCUUGUCUCUCAUUGGCUCGCUUCGCGGCACCGUGUGGACUGGCUUCCUGAGCUCUGGCCAGGCCGAGGAGGAGACCGUCGGCGACUUUGCGCGGGUGGCGCUCGUGUGCGCGGACGCGUGCGCCAUGGCGCCGUGCGCGGCGAGAUCAUGGGGCGCCGAGGCCAUCCAGGGUCUCAGCGAACUCCAAGUGGCCAACGACUGGUGCGAGGCCGGCCAGACCAUCGCUCUGCGCGGCGACGGGGCUCGGGGAAUUCCAGUGCCGAAGUCGGGGCGGCGGGCGCCGCCGGCGCCGCCGCUUGCUGGGCGGUGCCGCGGCCCGCGAGGCCAACGGCCCGCCUGCGCUCGCAUCGGCGCGGCCACCUCCGUCGACGGAUUGGGCGCGGGCUGCGCGGUCGACGCCGAGUCGCGCGAGAUGUUGCGCCUGCCCGAGAAUGCGCGGCGCAUCUACGACCGCGUCGCUGGCGCGCAGUUGCUUCCAGAUCUGGCGGCGGCGGCGUGCAGGAGUGAUAUUGAAAUCUUUCGUUGCCUUCCGGUCUGCAAGGAGGUCGGCGCCUCGGAGGCGCGGGGGCCGCGGGUCAUCGACGCAAGGCGGUUCGAUGUGAACGCAGGUGAUAGGGCCAACGUGAAUGUGAGUUCGCAGCUGUGGUCGAUGGAGUUCGCGCGGCAGAAUCAUUGGCUCGAGGAGGCCUUCGCGGGCGCGCCGCCGUGGGGGCGCGUCGAGAUGGCGCCGGGCGGGGCCGCGACCGGCGCCGAGCGCUAG